AUAAGCGCUAGAAAUUGCGUACUCCAUCUUUUUAAUUUGUCAAAGACACAAAUUCUCAUAAUGUUUAAGUUAGCUAGACCACUAACAUAGUGGGAAUCUAUUUGCCUUGUUCAACAGCCGCAGUAGUUUCGCGCCACAGAGAGGCUGACAGGAAAAGUACUGUACCACCAGCUAACCAGCUAAUUUAACCUAAGUUACCUAUGGUAUGUUGGGUUUAACACUUUGCUAACGAAUUUAUACGGUUGGCAGUGAGGUUACCUCCAUGUGUUUUGAGCUGCAGGUUUAGUGUAAGUUUAGUAGGUAACAGAAAAUGGAUAAACUCACACAUGAAGAUUUCAGUUCACAAACAGAGCAAGAGUUUACUUCACCACUCUCCCCAAAGCGUCUAAGGAUGGAUUGUCUGAUGGCAAACAACCACAGUGGGAAAAGGAGGUUUGACUUUCCUGAGCUCUUGACAUUUAAGGAAACCACUUUCUCCCCAUCAUCAAAAAACACCCUGCAGAAAAAUGUGGUACGAAAAUGUGCAGCAGAAAGUAGGGAUGUUCGAGGUGGAAAACUUCAUGAGCAAUCACAAGACACUAAAUUAACUGCCACUCCUAUUACCGAGGCCUCACACACUGACAGUGCACACACAGGGCUGUCUAAAGUCUGCUCUAUCAUUCCUGAGAGACACCUCCUACAUCCGGGGAAAGAUGAGCAGCCUCCUCUUAGUGAAACUGACAAGCUCAGCUCAUACCCACCAGAUGAUGCAGGUGGGGCAUUAACAGAGCCUCACACUUCAGAAGAUGCCAGCACUGACAUGUCCGGUCAUCCUGAUUGCAAACGGCUGGGGAAAUCACUUGAAGACAAGCCCCAUGGUGGUUGUUGGCUUCCCACUGGAAAUGAGGAGGAUGGGAGACAGGUGCAAAAUAAUGUCAGUCAAAUCCAAGCGUUCACCCUCAGUUCAAGUGAUGAAGAGGUCAGAUGUCGGUCUGAUUGCACUCAUGAGGAUGCUCUACGUGUCGCAGGUUUCUGUGAUUCAUGGAGCCAAUCUGCUGAAGUUGAAGCGAGUAAUCAGAGGAAGAACAAACUUGGAUUUGGGGAGAAUAUUCUUUUCAGCAAGGACAAGGAAGAGGGUAACAGUCACAUAGCUCCCAGUGAUUAUGCAGACUCUAAAUCAUUUUACUCAAACCCUGAAGAGGACCCCUCUGGGAACUUGACAGAAAGUGUAGAAAAAGAGGAAAAAAUAACAGAAAUGCAGAUUUGUGAAAAUGGAAAUGUUGCUGUGGGUGAUGGGGAAGCAAGAGGCCACAUUAAUGAAAACGGCAUGGACAAAAACUUGAUCCCUUCUGUUGCUGAGUGUGCUGAAGGAUCAGCAGCCUCUUAUGAUGUGGUAUUAUCCAGAAAUAUUGCAGCUGAGAAUGUGAGUGUUGAAGUUGAUGACUUCUGUGGGGCAAAAGGAGAGCAUGCCACUGGCAAGAUGAUAGCCAAUGCUUGGAGUGAGACAGCUGAUCACACAACAGAGACUCUAAUGCCUGCAAGAAUCAGUCAAGAGCGCGCUGAAGGAGAUAAUGAUCCAGGCCCUUUCAGUGUAAUUGACCCUGCAAUCUGGAGUGAAACUGACAGGGAGGCUGAGGAGAAACGCUGUAACUCAGAGAGUACUGCAGGUGUAGCAUUAUCUCCAUCAGUAAAAGUCUGCGAGACAGAGACGCCUCCUCUGCUGUGUUCUGACGUCAGGUCAUCACAGGAGGUUUCAGCUCCGGGCCAGACCAGGCAGAGUAAUCACCAAAGCGCAACACAGCAGUGCAAAGAAGAAAAAGAGGACUCAUGUCAAUCAUACACAGAACCACAGGCUUGUUCCAUCCCCAGCAACGAAUCACACUGCAUGACUGGCAAUGAAAGCAGCUGUCAUUGGAAAUCCAAUCCCAGCAGCAGUCCACACUGGCCCGCAAAGCCUCCUCCUACUGGGGAUGGAGGACAUGAAAGUCCCAGUUCUGUGAGACAUCAGUUGAAAGAGCAGGAUCAGUCCAACUGUUUUCCUGUCAGUCUGGAGGUUGAAUAUUCACAGGCUAAAAUUGUCAGAAUGGACAGUAUAAAUGCCAUAAAAGAAAGACAAGAUAUGAUAAGUUUGGUAGAGCAAAUAAUAACUGAUAAACGUUGGAACUUAAAGGCAGCAGUUGAGUCAGAGGAAGAACCUCUGCAACAAAAUGAAAAACACAAACAAAACAGAAACAAAAUAUCACCUGGGGAUUACAUCAGUGACUGGACAGAGGGAGAAAUGAGUGAAUAUGACUUCAGAUUAACAUUAAUCAAAGAUCUAGCUGAAGAAAAGCAAAGAGAAGAAGUUAAAACUGGUGGGCAAAGACAUUCAGAGAUAUUGGUGAAAGCAGAGGAUAAUCUGCAGCCACAAAAUGAGCACAAAACAGACAUGACUCAAGUGUCACAUGUUGAAUGUAUCAGUGAAUUGACAGAGGACAACAUGAGUAAGCUCAGUUGUUCCCCUGAUUACCAAAAUGGAGCUGAGACAUUAAUGGUGGAAAAUAAAGAUGACCUUUUAGUCUUCCCCUCUCCGCCAACAAGUGAUGCAGUUGUGCCAUGCCAGCAGGAUUUAAGCCAUUCGCAAAAUGCUACCAACAACCCCACAGCCCUAAACUGUAAUGACAGAAUUCCCUCCUGCCAUCUGCCUACACUUUCUAUGACCAGGUGCUGGGGGGUUUGACACUUUUGAAAAGAUCCAGCUCUCACCAGAUGAUGAUGAUGAUGAUGCUGCCAGCCUGAGCAACAGCCCCCUCCUCACCAGCUUGCCCGGGCAGCCGUUGAAAACAUUAGAGCAACAACUUUCCCACUCCAUGCCAGGGGCAGAGAGUGACAAGCACAAGCAUGAGGAGAUACUAGGAGAAAAGCAGGAGGAGGAGGUGGUGGAAAGAUUUGAGAGUCACAUUGAGAACAUGGCAAAUGAAUUUUUAAGCUGUGAUUCCACUUGUAAUGAACUCCCAAACUUCAUCUCAGAAGCAGAUAUUAUUGCUCUCGGAUGGCCAGAGGAACAGCCUAACUCUGAAAUCUGUGAAUCCUGUGAGCACAUCCAGGAUGAAUCAAACCCUCAGUCAGUUUCCUCCACUGUUUCCACUGAGAGUGACAGUCCAUCUGCUGUGAACUACUACCUCGAGUUUGAGAUGAAAAAACAAUUUGACCUGGUCUUGAAAGAACUGAACUUGUUUUUUGACAUCAGUAUCACUGAUGUAGCAAGUGACAGCCGAGCAUCAUCACCAGAGCAGUGUAAUGAUAUGACUGAAGCCUUGGAGGGCGACACCUCUGUCUGCAAAGACCAUCUCAGCAGCCCAGAACUGGGACGCCACAGAGACACGUCAUCAGAUGAUGCUGAUGAAGACUCCAGCCUGUGUGGAGGUGAUCCAGUGGUCUGCCGUACCACUGGCAGCUGUGACGGCGAGCAAGAGGUGCCGCUCGGCAGCCACAUGUGCCAGGAAACAUCUGUGUACACUGCAGAGAAACACAGAGAGCCUCAGGAGAGGAGGAGGAAAAUGUGGUCUCCGUCCUUUGUAUGUCCACCAUUCUUGGAUCAGCAGAGCCUCAGACCACCAGAGCAGCCCAAGAGACUGCAGCCUCUGAGAACAUGCACACGACCGAUCCGGGUUGGACUUUCAAAGAGAGCCAAGACCAAACACCUACACCAUCCCCACCCCUACAGAUGAACAUUGGAAAAUGCAACCAAGGUAGUGUGUGCAUGAAUGUUAAUGAAGCUCUGAAAAGGCUCCUUUGUUGCCACAUUCAACAGCUUCAAUGUUAUUUUCUGAUUUACAGGAUAUUGUUCAUGUGCCUCCACUCUCUCUCAGUUUUUGUCAGUGGUUCUGGUUCCUGUACAUUUUAACUGCAAUUUCAUGUAGGGAAGGUUGACAGCACAAAAUGUCCUGUUUCCCAUGUACACAUACACAUGCACCCUCCCAUUUAAUCCCAGUUUAUUGCUGUUUUCCCACUGAGCAGCUCAGCUGCAGCAGUUGCACAGUAAGUGCCUUGCCCAAGGACACCUUGACAGCAUUUGUUGAUGAAAGAAAACCUGCUUGCUCUCUACAGUUCUCCAACUGGAAUAAUUUGCUGAUUUUAAACCUUUUUCCCAAUAUUAAUUUAUUAAUGUAUUUAUUAAUUUAUUUGUUAGCAUGUCUCCAUCCCUAAUCUAUUCUUGUUGUAUUGGGUUAUAUACUAUUUAUAUGUUUAUAUGUGCUACUAUUUACAUAUUUUGCACACUACAAUUCAUUACAGUUAAAUUCAGCUUUGUUACAUGUUAUUGGUCCUCAUGUGUCUUAUUGUGGGUGUACUGAUACAAUAUUGUUCUUGUUCCUGUAAUGUGUGGGCGCAUUCAGUCAUGGUAAAUGAGUAUGUGCUGUUACUGUACUGUACUCACAUGUAGUGGAUGCAACAUAUCCUUCAGCAUUUCUGUGGGAGGUUAGAUGGAGUUGAAUUUCAAAAUGGCCUGUUUGCCUCAAGAAUUAAAUAACAUAA